AUGCAAAACAAAUACCCAUUCCCACAAUGCAUUCCUACUUUUUUUGUUCAGUGUAACCUCUCAGAUCUGUUAUAUUGCCUUCUAGGGCUCUUGUAUCAGGAAUAUCGAGAUAAAUCCACGCGCCAGGAGAUUGAAACCAGGCGGCUGCAGGAUUCACAGACAGACCCUGAAGAGAAUUCAGCCAGCGAGGAAACUCCAUCUGAAACAGAAGCUGCAAGUACAACUGAAAGCAAAGUGGCACCUCAAAUCAGUUUGCUGAGGAACUCCACCUCCCGGUUCAACUUAUGGCAGGAUCUUCCUGAGAUCCGGAGCAGUGGGGUCCUUAGCAUCCUCCAGCCAGAUGAGAUCAAGCUUCAGGAGGCCAUGUUUGAACUGGUUACUUCUGAAGCCUCGUAUUACAAGAGUCUGAACCUGCUGGUGUCUCACUUCAUGGAAAACGAACGCCUGAAAAAGAUCUUACAUCAGUCUGAGGCACACAUCCUCUUCUCCAAUGUGCUGGAUGUCAUGGCUGUUAGUGAGCGGUUCCUGUUGGACCUUGAGCAGCGGGUGGAGGAGAAUAUUGUGAUCUCAGACGUGUGUGACAUUGUCUACCAGCAUGCGGUUAAUCACUUCUCCGUGUACAUCACCUACGUCUCCAACCAGACCUACCAGGAGAGAGCUUACAAGCAGCUUCUCCAGGACAAGCCAGCUUUCCGGGAAGUGAUAUCACAGCUGGAGCUGGAUCCCAAGUGCAAAGGCCUGUCCUUUUCUUCCUUCCUGAUUUUGCCAUUUCAAAGGAUCACUCGACUCAAGCUGCUGGUGCAGAACAUUUUGAAGAAAGUGGAAGAGAAGUCCGAGAGGGAAACCACUGCCCUGGAUGCACAUAAGGAGCUGGAAACAGUGGUGAAAGCAUGUAAUGAAGGUGUCAGAAAGAUGAGCCGAACAGAGCAGAUGAUCAGCAUCCAGAAGAAACUGGAAUUUAAGAUCAAGUCCGUGCCCAUCAUCUCGCACUCACGCUGGCUCCUGAAGCAGGGGGAACUGCAGCAAAUGAACGGUCCAAAGACAUCACGUACGCUUCGUACCAAGAAACUCUUCAGAGAAAUCUACCUGUUCCUUUUCAAUGACCUGCUGGUAAUUUGCAGGCAAAUUCCUGGGGACAAGUACCAAGUGUUCGACUCAGCACCCCGGGGACUCCUUCGGGUGGAAGAGUUAGAAGACCAGGGGCAGAGUUUGGCCAACGUCUUCAUCUUGAGGCUGCUGGAGAACGCAGACGACCGGGAGGUCAGCUACAUGCUGAAGGCGUCGUCCCAGAGCGAGAUGAAGCGCUGGAUGAUUUCGUUAGCCCCGAACCGGAGAACCAAGUUCGUUUCGUUUACAUCCAGACUCGUCGACUGCCCGCAGAUCCAGUGCGUCCACCCGUACGUGGCCCAGCAGCCGGACGAGCUGUCCUUGGAGCUGGCGGACGUCCUCAACAUCCUGGACAAGACAGAUGACGGUUGGAUAUUUGGGGAGCGUCUUCACGACCAGGAGAGGGGCUGGUUCCCCAGUUCUAUGGGGGAGGAGAUCCUGAACCCCAAAAUCCGAGCCCAGAACUUGAAGGAGUGCUUCCGGGUGCACAAGUCGGAUGACAGCCAGCGGAGGAAACUGGGCAGCAGAAAUCGCCAAUGACCGCUGGCGUCCCCGGGUGGCUGGAGCGCCUCUGGCUCUGGGCGAGGGCAGAGGCUGCCGGCCGGGAGGAGGCGGUGG